GAGCCCGAUAACAGAAACCGCUGCGCGUCUCGUUUCGCCCGCCAAUGGUCCGAGCUGCUGCGCGAGUCGCAACGUGCACAGCGCGUAGUUGUAGUUUGCUUCGCUCAAGCGCCCUCGCCCAGUAGGCUUCGCACGGUUGUCGAGUGAGCGCUGAACGCCGGCCACACUGCGUGUGCCUGUUUGCGGUGAUCGUGAGCGACAGGCGGACGACGGAGAGGCUUGACGAGGCCAUGGCGCCGAGACGCUCACGCUGCAGGCCUUCAUUGUCGUGUUUCCUUCUCGCCGCGCUGACGGGCCUCGGAGUGCUACCUGCUCCGACGACGACACCGGCAGAAGGCCUUGUGUGCGUGCCCAAGCCAGCCAGUGCUGUUGAAGACCUGGAUUACUACAAGUUUUCCGGCGACUGGAGGGAGAUUCUCAAGAGCAAGCAUGGCCCAGUUCUACUGCACAGGGGUGCUUGGCGCUUCGACUUCGACACCAACAAGUUCACCUUUAGCGCAGCUCGAUCCGGGAGUGAAACCUGCAUUCCGGCCAUAGUUGGGAAAGUCCACAAAGUUCUACCAGUGGGGAAAUUUCAGCUCGAGUAUGACUUUUUCGGACAGCCCGUUCGAGAGACGCUAGCCGUGGUUGCGACGGACUACGGGAGCUACGCCAUUCUCCACCGCUGCGGGCAGCACGGGGAAGGGGCGCAGCACUUGUCCGUCUGCGCACCCGACGCCACUCACGUGAGCGUGCUGGCAAGGCACGUACUUGAGGAGGACACUUCGAGGGAGAUCGCGCACCACCUGGACGACGUGUGUGUCCCCAGCUCAGUGCUCGAGCCGCACGAGUUUGACGAAGCAUGCCCUUUGCCAUCUGCAGAAGAUCCAAGCUUGACAGAAGUUCCCUCAGGCAAAGAAAUGUGCUUCCUCGACCCCAAGGCGGGAUUCUGUUCUGACCAGCAGACGAUAUACUACUACGACCGACAUUCACGGAGUUGCAAGAAUUUCUCAUUCACUGGUUGCGGAGCCAAUGACAACCACUUCUUAACACAACAGGAAUGUGUGGACAAGUGCGAAAAGCCACUGGAAGAAGCACGCGUUCAACCAGCGGAACCCGAAGCAACUCAGUGCCCCCAGCUAUCGGCGUGCGGCCUCGCCUGUCCUCACUGCUGCCAACGCCGUGAUGAAGAUGGCUGCAUUAUUUGCAGCUGCCUGGCAACUGAAAUGGACGGCCCACUGAAGGAGGCCAGCUGUCUCCCAACCCCGGAGCAGUGUCCAGGCGGCUGCCAGAACAGGGAGGCUUCCGAGUCGUGCUUCGCCUGUGAAUGUCCAGCUCCAGACGGCACUAUGAAACCAGCUCUAGAGUACAUCACUGUUAAGCUCCCAGUGUCGUGCCCGAUGACUUGCGUAAAGCAAAUGUCCAGCCUUGGUGUGCCCAGGUGUCACUGCCCGUCGCACGGCGUGUGUAAGCUUCCGCUGAAGGAAGGAAGCUGCAAUGGGAAGAUUCCACGCUAUUUCUUCAACGUCACUUCCGGGUUCUGCGACGUGUUCACGUAUACUGGUUGCGACGGCAACAAGAAUAACUUCGCUUCGCAUGAAGAUUGUCUCGCUGAGUGCGAAGACCCUUGCCGCCUGCCUAUGGACCCCGGACGCUGCAACAACGACACGCAGGAGCGGUACUACUACAACUCACAGACGGGGCUUUGCGAGACCUUUGAAUACGGCGGCUGCGACGGAAACGAGAACAACUUCGUCGAACUGGAUUCGUGCAAGGCGCGCUGUGAAGACGUGUGCUCGCAGCCCCAGGACCCCGGACCGUGCUACGCGUACCUGCGCCGCUUCUACUACGACAAAAGCCAGGACCGCUGCCUGCCGUUCAUCUUCGGAGGCUGUUUGGGCAACGGAAACAACUUCUACACCAGCGCCCAGUGCAAUCGUCACUGUCGCUCCCACAUCGCUGAAGACGGCACACUCGUAAUGGACAGAGGGCUUUGCCACUUGCCUCUAGAAGAGGGCCUCUGCGACCCCUCCAGCGGUGACAGCGCAGCUGCCAAGUUACCGGAGAUCCGCUUCUACUACGACGUGCAGAAAGAGGAGUGCGUGCGGUUCAACUACCACGGAUGCGGCGGCAACGACAACAACUUUCGCACCAUGGGUGGAUGCAACUUGACCUGCUUUGGUGUCCAGGCCACCGUUGCAAAGGCGUCUGCCAGCUGCCCGGAGUCCAUAGAGUGCAGUUGCGGGAACUUCGUGGUGGAGGAAGGCGGGUGCAAAGUCUGCGACUGCCCAAACGCUGCUUCCAAAAAUCGUGCUUGCGUGCUGGCCGCCGCAUUGGCAAUCAGCGCGUUAAUAAGAACGACGCUGUUCAGCCCUUGAAAAAUCGCGCCGGAUGCCGACUGCUGAUCACGCGAAACCCACUUGCUCAGACGCUGGAAGGUCACAGCGAACGAACCUAGUCACCUGGGAAGACGCUUUCUGCUCGUAAUGCUUAUCGACCCGCACGCUGCGUCGUCGGUGGCUGUAAUUAGCUUUGUGUCUCGUUUUAGUGUGAACGCUAAAUAAACAGCCGCGUUGUUAUAA